AAAAUCCCACGUCUUUUUGCCGCCUCCUUGUUUUGUUCCAUAGAUUCUAUGCCCUCUUGUUUUUUGUGUGGAUAAUCUCGUGAAAUCGGCGACUUUGAUCGGCCUUGUUGCUCUUUUGUGCCGGUGACUCACCGAAUUAUUGUCUUAUUAGGUAAGUUUGUUCUUUUGUCUCUAAAUAAGUCUCCGUUCUACAACUGCAAGUCUUUGAUUUUUAAGUAUAAAGGCAGGGUCUAGUCGAAAUCAUGAAUAAGUUUGAAAUAUCAUCUUUCCUUGAUUUAAUGGGUGGAGUUGUCUUGAUUUUUCUUACAGGUUGUAAAGUUAUGGGUUUAGAAAAUCCAAUUGUGGCGAACAACAAGAAUGAUGAAGAUGAAAUUCGGGUUGGAAUGAUUUUCAACAAGGCAGAUGAGGCUUAUGACGCUUAUAACAGGUAUGCUAUCAAUAAAGGGUUUGGAGUUCGGAGAGGGAAAAAAUAUCAUAACCGUAGGAAUGAAUUGAGUCGGUGUAUUUUUCUAUGUUCUUGUGAAGGACAGCCACCAUAUGUCCCCCCACAUGAGCAAAAAGAAGUUGAGCGAACUGAGAAAAGGUGUGGUUGCAAAGCACAUAUUAAGUUUAAGAUUGCAGAUAAUGUAUGGGAAGUAACUGAACUUAUUUCUGAGCAUAAUCAUGAGUUAAUUAAAGAAGAACAGAGACACUUAAUUAGGUCGGGGAGAAAAAUUUCACAAACUAGUAAAGGUGUCAUAAGCUCAUUGGCAAAUGCUGGUAUUGGAGCGACAAAAGCUUAUUCGUACAUUGCGAAUGAAGCUGGAGGUGUGGAAAAUCUUGGAUUUACUUUACGUGAUUGUCAUAAUUUUUUGCAAUCCGAAAGAUCAAAAAUGAUAUCUUCUGGGGAUGCACAAAGUCUCAUGAAUCAUUUUAAGUUUUUGCAAGUAAAUGAUUCAAUGUUUUUUUAUGCUACGCAAGUUGAUGAAGAAAACAGAUUGACUAAUUUUUUUUGGAGAGAUGGAUUAUCAAAGAUGGAUUAUGAUUCUUUUGGAGAUGUUGUUAUAUUUGAUACAACCUAUCGCACAAACAAGUAUAAUAUGAUUUAUGCUCCUUUUGUUGGGGUUAACCAUCAUUGGAAGAAUGUGUUUUUUGGUUGUGCAUUUUUGUUAGAUGAAACUACAUCUUCAUUUGUCUGGUUGUUUGAAACAUUUUUGGCAUCUAUGGGAAAUAGGGCUCCUAAGACCAUAUUCACCGAUCAAGCCCAAGCAAUGGCCAGUGCCAUUCGGAUUGUUUUUCCGAAUGCUUAUCAUCGUUUAUGUACAUGGCAUAUUGCAAAAAAUGCUGCCACAAAUAUCCCUCAUCUUUAUGGUAAGCCUGAAUUUAAGAAGUAUUUUUCUAGACUCCUUCAUGGUUGUGAAAAUGACAUGGAGUUUGAGACUACUUGGGGAAAAAUGGUUCAAGAAUGGAAUCUAGCAGAUAAUAAAUGGCUUUGUAGGUUAUAUGAUCUUCGCUUGAAGUGGUCUCCAGCCUUUAGUCGAGAUAUUUUUUCGGCAGGCAUUAGAUCAACUCAAAGGAGUGAGAGCACAAAUAAUGUUUUUCAACAUAUGGCUUGCAAGACCAUGACAUUGACUGAGUUUGUGAUUCAUUAUCAAGAAAAUGCGAAGAAAAUGCGUGAAGCUGAAAUUCAAGAUGAUUAUAUUUGUGCUUCUGGAAAACCAAAAAUGCAUGUUCGCAAUAGUGGAAUUUUGACACACGCAUCAAUUGUUUACACUCAUACAAUCUUUAAAAUGUUUCAAGAUGAGUUUCUACAGGCUAUGUCAGAAAAUAUAAUGCAUUCAGAUAUUGAUGGAUCAAUACACAUUUAUUCAUUACAAAGUGAAGUUGGUCGGAGGCAACAUUUGGUCCAAUUUAACUCUAUUGAUAAUAGCAUAUCUUGUGGUUGCAAGAUGUUUGAGACAAAAGGGUGGUUAUGUCGUCACACUUUGAGGGUGUUGAAUGCUAAUCCUGGGUUUAAAAAUAUUCCUUCCCAAUAUAUUUUGAAAAGAUGGACAAGGGGUGCAAAAGAAGGAAUUGCUAGACAGGUUGACUGUGAUAUGUCACGAGAUGGUUUGUCUUCAUCUAAGACUGUGCGAUUCAACAAGCUGAUGAGAAAAGCAUUUGCAGUGAUGAGCUUAAGUGCAACUGAUGUCCAUACAACAGAGAUUGCAGAUAAGAAUUUAGAUCGAAUCAUGGAUGAAAUGCAAGCACAUAAAGCAACCAUGGCUUUAGACAGUAAAGAAGUACAUGCUAAUAUGUCAUGUUUGAAUAAUGAGCCCCCAUUAUCAGAUCCUCCAAGAAAGAGAGCAAAAGGUAUUCCAUAUGGCAGACUUAAGGGUGCACUUGAAAAGCGGCCAAGAAGAGCAAGUAAAGAGUCAACAAAUCAAACAUCAUACUCUAAUGUUGCAGGUCCGUCAUCAAUGGCUACCUUUGACCAAGGACCUUCAUCAAUGACUACCUUUGUCCAAGAAUCUUAUUAUGCUUCUCAGAUGAAUUCAAAUUCUGAUCAGCAAUCCUUUUUGAAUAAUGACAUGACAGAAAACCUAUCAUUUACAAAUCUAUUGAGUCAAGCUUCCUGCAACAAUUCCUUUUGGAUUUCACACUCAUGAACAAUGGGAUGACAGAAGGCAUGGGGCUGUUGUGAAUUUUAGAUUUGUUUUCAAUAGUGGAUAAAACAUUGCUUAAUGCAUAUGAUGCUUUCGGCAUGUUUGGAUAAACUUUUAGCUUUCCACAUUUUGAUCUUGACAUAAACAAGUCACUUGAGAGCAUUACAUGUACAGGCACUUAGAUCUCUUUGAAACAUAGCAACAUGA